AUUCUCUCUCCACUAAAAUAAAUUCUGUGAAGCAAACGCGAUUAGAAAAAACAGUAUUAAAAGGUUUAUAAAGAGAAUUUCGUCCCUUAACUACGUGGUAAAGUAAAAUUUCCGUCGUAAUGGCUGAAGAAAUCCAAAAAAAGAUGCAGAAAGAGUUAGAAGUUUUGGGUAGUAUACAAAAAGAAUUCCGUAAGGCGGUCGCCCAGAAGCAACAAUUAGAUAGCCAGUUGAAUGAAAAUAAAGCUGUCAAAGAGGAGUUACUGCUGUUAAAGAAAGACGCUGAAGUAUAUAAAUUGAUUGGGCCCGUUUUAGUUAAGCAAGAUUUAGAAGAGGCUACUCAAAAUGUAACAAAGCGAAUGGAGUACAUCAGUAAAGAGAUUAAAAGGGCUGAUGAUCAUAUAUCUGCGUUAGAAAACAAACAGGAAGCCUUACAAGAAAAUUUAUCAAAGCUUAAGAACAAUCUUAAUAAACUGAAAGCUAAGGCUUGAAGGAAACUUCUUCUAACACCAGGA